UCGUGCGUGCGCGUGUGUGUGUACGCAGCCAGAGUCUGUGUGUGACUGUGUGUGUGUGUGUGUGUGUGUGUGUGUACAUGCAUGGCCACUGUAUGUGUAAAGCGUGUAGCGUGUGUAUGGCUGCUCCCGGGGGUGUGAGCGUGUGUGUGUGUGUGUCUACAUGCGCACCCGUGGCUUUGGCUGUUUCUGACCGUGUGGUGGUGAACGCGUCGUUCCGUCCGUGCGUGCGUAUGUGGUGCAUAUGCGAGCGUGUGUGUGUGUGCGCGUGUGUGUGAGUGAGUGUGGCUGCUAGCAGGCUAGUGUAGCGAGCGUGGCGUAGUGUGUGUACCGUUGGAGCGUAGUUGUACCAUAGGAGUGUGUGGAUGCCCUUCUCCUCAUCGUGUGGGCCUCCUGCACCCCGGGCGGGUAUAUGGAUAGGAGCUCCCUCUUUCAGCUCAUUCAGGAGGAGCUGGACCCUGAUCAGACUGGUUUCGUAGCGGUGGAGAACUUCACCAGUCUGGUGCAGCAUCAUGAGCUGCAGCUGGACCCCAGCAAGCUGGACAUGCUCUUCGCUCUGGUGCAUGCCAACGAGAGGGGACAGAUAUGCUACCAGGAGCUCAUCGAACUGCUGACCAGCAAGCGCAGUAGCAGUUUCCGCAAAGCCAUCGCCAAUGGCCGCCGCACGCUGCAGCGAGAGAUCCUAUUGGACGAGACGGGCCUGGGCGUGUACAAGCGCUUUGUGCGCUAUGUGGCCUACGAGAUCCUGCCCUGCGAAACGGACCGGCGCUGGUACUUCCACCAGAACCGCCUGUGCCCUCCGCCUGUGUUCAUGGCCAUCAUCACUAUCAUACAGAUCGUGGUGUUCAUGUGCUAUGGCGUGAUGCUGAAUAAGUGGGUGCUGCAGACGUACCAGCCUGACUUCAUGAAGAGCCCCCUGGUAUACCACCCGGGACACCGUGCACAGGUCUGGAGAUUCUUCAGCUACAUGUUCAUGCAUGUGGGGCUUGAGCAGCUGGGUUUCAAUGCGUUGCUGCAGCUGAUGAUCGGAGUGCCUCUGGAGAUGGUUCACGGCAUCCUACGCAUCAGUCUGCUAUACAUGGCCGGAGUAGUGGCAGGUUCUCUGACGGUCUCCAUCACGGACAUGCGUGCUCCGGUGGUGGGGGGCUCAGGGGGGGUGUACGCUCUCUGCUCCGCCCACCUGGCCAACGUCGUCAUGAACUGGGCAGGCAUGAAGUGUCCCUAUAAACUGCUCCGUAUGAUCUUGGCCCUGGUCUGCAUGAGUUCGGAGGUGGGCCGUGCGGUGUGGCUGCGCUUCUCCCCGCCCCUGCCCUCGUCGGGGCCGCAGCCCAGCUUCAUGGCGCACCUGUCGGGGGCGGUGGUGGGCAUCAGCAUGGGCCUGCUGAUCCUGCGCAGCUACGAGGAGAGCCUGCAGAGCCAGUGCUCCUGGUGGGUGCUCGUCUUCUCCUUCAUCACCUUCCUGCUCUUCGCCGUCUUCUGGAACAUCUUCGCCUACGAGCUGCUGGGCGUGCAGAUCCCACCGCCGCCCUGACCCAACGCCCCCCGACC